AGCCUGUCCGUUUAAAUGUUUGUAUUAUCUACUUGAAAGACGAACGUAAGAAUUUAAAAAUAGACUGCGGCAAGUCGUCAACAUAGAUAGAAACAUGGCGGCCAUAUCUUCCAUAUACCCGCUUGGAUCCCCUCAGGAACACAUUCCAAUAUGUGAGAAACACGAUUUGAUAAUAGACUUGACAUGUGAGGACUGUGAUGAGUUUAUUUGUUCAGAAUGUGCCAAAACAGACCACAAGGAUCACGAACGGAAAACCAUACCCACAGCAGGUAGUGAAAGGAGAGGAGAGCUUAAAGAGUCUUUGUUUACGAUGAAAGAGGAAGGUAUGCGAAAGAUGGACGAAAAGAUACAAAAGGCCGCAAAUCAAAUUGAAAAUGAUCAGAAUUGUUGUGAUUUUGAGGUGGCAAAUCUUCAGAAACACCAUGAUGCAGUGAUGGUUUCUCUUGCCGAAAUCAAAAGGAAAUACACAAAAACAUUAAAAGACAAUCUAGAAGAAAAAAAUGCUGAAUUAAAAGAGCGAAAAUCUUACUUAGAGAUAAAGAGGAAACAUAUUGCAGAUCUCGUGAAAUUCUUGGAGGAAAAUCAUAAUACCAUGACAGAUUAUAGUUUGUUAGAAAAACUUACUGACUUAAACAGUAUGAUGUCAAACAAGGACAAUAAUGAGGAGGAACUGAUGAUUACAUUGAGAGAUACUGAAUCAGAGCUGUAUCAACCGAACUCAAAGAGCAGACGUCUGGUCAGACACGUGACACUGACCGGUGACGUCAUCCGUGAGUACGAGUACCAGGAGGACGGUCAGACCAGGCUGUUUACAACACCCAUAAGAGUAAAACAAAACCGUAACACUAACAUCUGUGUAGUGAAUAGGACAAGUGAGACUACAAGUGAACUAGUGAUUCUUUCUUCAACUGGAAAUCUAAAAUGUAUCUAUCGUGGACAAAAGAAAACGAAGCACUAUUAUCUGCAUGAUGUCGUAUGCGACUAUCGCAAUAACAUAAUUGUAAGUGACUACUUUGGCAGUCAGGUCUACCUCCUGAAUUCUGACGGGAAGUUCCUGAAGUACCUGUUGACAGAGAAUGAAAUAACCCGCCCAGUGUCUAUGUCUCUUUUUGACGCCAAUUUGUGGAUUAGUAACUCCCAUGGCAUUGUCAAAGUUUUUCGGUAUGAGUCAGGGAUGCACGAUGAUUUAAUCCUCAGGUUCUCCCUUGUUAUCAAAAUAUUAUCUAUUGUCUUAUUUACGAUAUUAACCCCUGUGGAUUCAGAAGACCCCGAACCUAUUGGCCUGAAUUAG